UCCCACUUGGCACUGCAACUUAUCCAUUAUUUGCAUUCUUUUUGGAAUCGGGCAAUUAUUGUCGACCACUCAUUCUUGAGGUCAGCGUUGUGGAUCAACUUGUCAUAGAUUCUGCAAUUCCUUUUUCCAGUGAGAAUUAGGAAGAGAUUGGAAAAAUGGCUUACAACCUUCAAUCCCUCCUCACCAUCCUACAGCAAAUCCUUGAUCCUCAACAAACAUGCUGGAAAUUUGAUCACAACAAACCACAACUCCAAUCCCUGUUCGAAAAGGUUGAAUCUCUGCUGCAGAUUCUUGAAAAGCCUUCCCUCACCAAUAUACUACCAAGUAAAUUGGAGAGCCGAAUCAGAGAUGCUUCAUAUAAAGCAGAAGACAUUAUUGAAUCACACAUGGUUUAUCAAAAGCUUUCCAACCCCCAAAGCCCGAGCUUGACCUUUUCCACACCAGAUCUGCAGCAAGUAACUGAAGAGCUGGAUUUGGCAAUGGAACAAGUGCAGAAGCUCAUGGAGAGGAAGAAGACGAUCUCAACUAGCCUUUCAUCAUCGAGUGGCGCUUCUUCCUCGCAUGAUGUGCAGCUAGCAAUUCAACAACUUGAAUCUGUAAACCUCGUGGAGGUGGUGGAAAAGAAGAUGCCAGCUUUAUGGACCUCCAAGAACAAUUUGGUGGGAGUUGAUGCAGAUAUGCUGCAGUUGAAGGAUCGACUUACAAAUAUGCAGACCAAGCUGGAGAUCAUCCCUAUUACUGGGAUGGGUGGCAUAGGUAAGUCCACUCUUGCUCGAAAUCUUUAUGAUGAUCGCCUCAUUAUUUCCCACUUUGAUUAUCGUGGUUGGGCUGCAAUUUCACAACUUCCCAAUAUGCGAGAUAUUCUAUUAAGUCUUCUUCGUCGCCCAGAUGAAAAGAUUGAUGAUGAACUAAAUGGAUGUAAUGAAGAUGAGUUGAAAGAUAUACUGUAUCAGAGGUUGUUUGGGCGCAGAUACAUGAUUGUGUUAGAUGAUAUAUGGAGCCCCAAGUUCUGGGAUGAGAUAAGGAUGUAUCUCCCAAACAACAAUAACAGGAGUCGAGUUGUGAUCACGACCAGGGAAGCUCAUGUAGCCCAAUAUAUUGUAAACUCCAAGAGUUUACAUCAUGACAUGCAAUUGCUUAAUAUGUCAGCAAGUUGGGAUUUACUUCGCCAAAUUGUGUUUGGAGAAGAGGAUUGCCCUCUUGAUUUCCAAUGGAUAGGAAUUAAGAUUGCGAGUGAAUGCGGCGGGCUUCCCCUUGCCAUUCAAGUUAUUGGUGGGCUAUUGUCAAAGGUCGAAAGAUCAAUAGAUGCAUGGAAGCAUCUUUCAACAGAUGUAAGAGCUUCCAUUGUUGAAUCUGAGGAGCGGUUCUCCAAUAUACUCUCCUUGAGUUAUAACCACUUACCCAUUUACUUGAAACCAUGUUUCUUAUAUAUGGGGGCUUUUCCAGAAGAUAGCAACAUAAAGGGAUCUAGACUUAUGAGGCUAUGGAUAGCUGAGGGAUUUGUGAAAUCUAUUGGUGAUAAGAGUUUGGAGGAAGAGGCUAAGGAUUAUUUAAAACUUCUCGUGGAGAGGAAUCUACUUUUGGUUACACAAAAAAAGCAAAAUGGGAAAGCAUUGAGUUACUCUGUCCAUGAUCUUUUGAGGGAUUUAUGUAUAAGGAAAGCUAAUGAGGAGAAGUUUUUACACGUUAAGAAUUCGAUGCGGCGUGUAAGUGUUGAGUCAUCAUAUGACAUGGAGGAUGUGUGUGCUUCACCCCAAUUAAUGUCACUUGCCCGAUCUUUUAUAUGCACUAGUGAUAAGAUCAAUGUAUCCCCUGUUUUAUGCAUGUUAAGAUUGGUUAGGAUCUUGGAUAUUAUGGGUAUGUUAUUGGAGGAGUUCCCAGAAGAAAUUUUACAACUUGUCAACCUACGCUACUUAGCUAUCAACUGCUCUUCGGGUUUACCUGAUGGAAUGUCAAGAUUGCACAAUCUGCAAACCUUGAUUUGUCCACACUUUAUGCGCUAUGUGACAUCUGAAUUAUGGGAGAUGUAUGAGCUAAUACAUAUUAAGUUUGCAGAAUUUAUAAUGAAAAUCAAGAAGAUAAAAUUUGAUCUCAAGAAGCUGCAGACUCUUUACAUUGUGUGGAUAACUCCUAAGCUGAUUAGUAGUGGCUUUUUUGAAGGAAUACCAAAUAUCAUAAAGUUGGGAAUCUAUUAUGAAGACUCACCAAACAUUGAAGUUGAUCUUAGCCAUCUUCACAAGCUCGAAAUAUUGCUUUGCGAAUCUCAAUUGGAUAAAGAUGGUAGCCGUUUUCUGCACAAACUCAGAUUUCCAUCUAAUCUUAGAAAGUUAUCUCUUCUUGGUUGUGUAGUAUUUAGAAGUUUGUUGACAACUCUGUGUACACUACCGAAUCUGGAAGUGCUGAGAAUAAUGGAUUGUCCAUUCGAAAGAGAGGGAGAAACGGCGGAAGAGGAAGAGGAAGAGUGGGAGGUGACAGAAGGAGAUCAAUUUCGCUCACGGCUGUUCCUUCUGUUACAAUUCUUAAAUCUGGUGCGCUGGAAAGCCAAUGAGACCAACUUCCCUAAACUCCGGAAGCUGCAUGUAUUAAACUCUAAUAGGCUAGAGGAAAUCCCCAGCGCCAUUGGAGAUAUCUCAACUCUCCAAGAAAUUAGUAUUGUUGAAUGCGGCGCUUCUAUAGUGGCCUCGGCACAACAAAUUAUAAAGGAGCAGCAAGAAGAGUACGACAACUUCGACCUCAAAUUGUAUAUACGUUAGAACCCAAAAGGGGCGUAUGAAAAUCUCUUAAAUUUUGUCAAUCUAUGUUGGUAUCCUCGAGAAAGCAAUACUGCGAUGGCGCCGGAAAAGGAAAGGCUUCUGCGGACUUGAAGUCCAAGCUGAUGAGACUCUUCACGAUCCGAAUCAAGAGAGUGACGCGGAAGAGAACUUCUUCAAGGCCAGCAGGAAGCAAGCUGAGGAGCGUGUCGAGAGGUCCGUUGUCAAAGUGCAGGCUAUGUUCCGUUCAAGACAAGCGCAGGAAGAGUACAGAAGGAUGAAACUAGAAUGCAGUCAACUGGAAUACGAAGAACUGCUCCAUCCUGAUACUGAAAUGGUAUGAGAAAGGUGUUUCUAACGCGGUAAAAAAGCUCAUCUCGGCUCGACUGGACUCCUUCGCGUAGAUUUGUAAAUUUUUGAACUUGAGUAGGCCCCUUUGUUUGGAUGAUUGCAUCUCUCCCCCUUUACAAGUUAUAUGGAGUUUUGGGGGAGGUCACUUCUCUUACUAAGUUGAUCUUGAUUCUCAUGAA